CCGAUCGAUGGAGUUUCGAAGCUCCGUAAAAACCUUUACCUCUGUGGUGGAAGCGCCGCAUCGGUGGAAAUAAUGCGACAGUUGGUUAUCAUCUUGGUCAUAAAUGUUGCAACCGAGAGCGAGUUGGAUGAUACCCCAUUGCCAGCGAAGGAUACGCGCUAUGUUAGAAUCCCAGUGAAGGACAAUCGUGAGGAAAACCUGGAACGCUACUUCCAUGAAGUGGCCGACAUGAUCGAGGAGGAAUGCAAGGCAAUGGUGAAGUUGCUCUGGAUACUGUGCCUGGCGUAUCUCAUGAAGUACCACCGGGUGAGUCUAAAGCACGCGUACAACCACAUCAAGGACAAGCCGCCUCAGAUCCGACCGAACGUGUCCUUCGUGAAACAAUUUAUAAAGUUCGAGCAGAAGCUGUACGAGGUGCUUGUAGCUUCCAAAGGCUCAUCUGCUGAAGACUCGAUCACACUUUCUCCUUCAAAUCCAAUCGUUUCGCAUUCAGGCUCAAGCAAGCAUUGGCUCACUACGAACACGUUGUACUUGGAUAAGCUGGAUGAUGGCAUAACAACGCCAUCCUUGAGAUCCGUCAAGAAGACACUGCUGGAGUUCCUAGGCGUUCUGAUCCUCCCGACAUCUGCUCGUCCCGCAUGUGCGACCGAUAUUGAAUGCCAUAUUUUGAAUUAA